AUGGCUAGUGAUCUUCGCCCGCCCGCGGCCUCGACCUCACCGACGCCUCUCUGCUCCGGUGAAAACAGAUGCAUGCAGCGGGCCCCCUUCGCCUCUUCUUCCAACCGCUCGCCUCCGCUCUUGGCAUGCGUCGUCGCACCCGAUGGACGCGUCGCAGGCAUCUACCGUGGAGGCUCUGUCCUCCUUCUCCACCGGAAUCCGCAGUGCUGUACGUCGUUCCCCGCCUCUUCUUCGCCCCAGUUCGAGACCCAGCCCGGAGAGAGCGAAAAAGGAAACUCGCGGCCUCGGAGACACCCUUCCGCCCCGUCGCAUUUUCUCUGUCGAUGUAUAAAGGAUGGGGCGCUCCGGGACCAAGUCCACCACCUUCUUGUUGUUCGCAAUACGUUUCUUUCCGCGGUCACUGCUUCUCCGUUCACUCGCUCGGCUGGCUCGCGCUGCCACGACCUCCUCCUGCAUGACGCCUUCGCGACAGGCCCGGGCUCCACGUCUGCUCCUGGACGGUCAGCAGGACUCUCUGACAGCGGCUCUUUUGGGCGAGCAUCUGCGAGCGCCGGAGAGGGUUUUCUCUCGUCUGCGGCAUGCAGCGGACAGCCUCGUAGUGGCUCGCCUUCUUCACUGCGGGUUUCUGCCACACCCCAGUUCGGCAGGACUGACUGCAGUUUUCUGCCGCCGCGUGCGACGAGUCCUAGCGACGCCGCCGCCGCGCCCCCGAGGCGAGCUUUCUGCCUGACACAGUUUUCCGCUGGUCGCUGGCCUGCAUUUGCUCCAGAGGCGUGGAGAUGUCUCUGCACACUGCUGCGCGCCUCCCUGGGGGCGCUUCUGAAGGCAACUUCGGCUGCCUUCGCCGAGCGACCUGCGCACCUCAGCCGCAUCGCUGAAGACGUUUCGGAGUUUCUCGCGGGCACGCGGGUGCGGCUUCAUGACGUCGAGGCGCUUCUUACGCCGUUCCAGUCGUCCGGCGGAGUGAGUAACGAUCGGAGACAGAAUGUGCGCGUGUGGGCUGUGGGCCUCGUGAAGGCUGGAAGAAGUAGUCAGCCCGACUCGGAGGCCCUGUCCAAGUCGAAAGAGAGCUUUCUGUCAUCUCUGGACACGUAUUCGAGCCUGAUGCACAGCUCGUCCGGGUCCUCGUUUUCGUAUCAGAGAGAGAGAGGGCCUAGCAAGUCCCACUGCGUUCUGCCGCGCAGCCCCAUGACGCCCUACCUCGAGCUUGACGCCACGGCUCAAUUCGUUUUCACUCGCUGGCCUGCGUGCUUCUCGGAGUGCCGCGAAUUGGUUCCUGUGGACUCGCUGUGCUCUGUGGAGGGAGGCACCGCCCGCCCGUGCCCACGUAGCCACCGCCGGAGUGGUGGCGCAGAGGACGCUGCCGAUGCGGAAGUCGGUCAGGCGGGGGCGGAAGGAUGGCGUGCGACUGGCGAUCUUGUUACACCAGGGCAGUCAUGUAUGAGUUCUUCUGCGUCAGAGCAACUGACGAAAACUGUCUUUGCAGGUGGCUCCGCGGGAAAGUGGGAGGUGGGCGAGAGGGCCUCGACGCAUUUACACAGCAGAGAGCCAGGACUAACUCUUGCCUACGCAUAUGACAUACAGGAGCAGAUGCUUUCGCUCGAGACAGCGGCCCACGAAGCUGCGUGGGUGCCGGCAGUCCGGCUGGCUGUCGCGACACACGUCGCUAGACGCCUGCAGGAGUGGUUAGAGGACGUCGAAUGGGAGAGUUCCGGGUCCGGUGGAAAAGCGAGUUCUUCAGGUAGUCGACGUCCACCCCAGGCACCCUCCCCUCACCACGUCGCAGAACAAUCCCAAUUUAUGGGGAACUCCUGGAGUGGAGACACUCAGUCGACCAGCUUACCGCCCUGUCAUGCGGCGGGGCGUGCUGCUCGGCACCACCGAGCCUGCAGCGAUGCGACGGAAGACCCGCGAGCAGACGCCCCGGGCGACCGGAGGCAACAGUUUCUUCGUCGCUCGACCAGACGUGCGUGUCAGGUGGCGCGUUUGCUCGGUCUGCUGGAAGGCCUUGAGCAAUCGUCGCCUGGCGUCGCAGAGCUUCCUUCCAACGUGUUGCCAGCUGAUGACCAGAUGACGGCCACGAGGAGGAGUGACUGGCAUUUUCAGGAAGACUCGACUCGAAAGAAGACUGUGGAAACGAGCGACUCUCUGCCCUUUCUCCGUGCGAGACUCCAGCAAUCUCCCGUCGCUGGCAUGUCCUUCGACGUGGCCCCACUCCCCUCUGUGCUGCCCAUGCCGAGAUCGUCUUCGGAUCUCGGCGGUUGGAGCGACGGCCCCCCCGUGCCGCUCGACCGGCUGCGGCGCCUGCCCUGCCUGCUGCAUUCAGCAGAGGACCCCGCGGCUGUGUAUUCUGAUCUGGGGGCUGAGAUUAGUCAAAGCCUUCCGCCUUCGCACGCGUGGUCGCGGGAGCCUGGCGGGGGAGACGGAACGCGUAGCCGGGAGUGCGCCCGUGACGACCAACAAGGGCUGCUGUCGCAGGAUUACGGAGGUCAUGGAUCUGUUGUUGCUUCUGCGUCUCGCAGGCACUCUCCGGAUAGCCAGACUCCGUUUUACGCGGCACAGCAGACUGCGAAUCGCGAUACAGACGGCACUGCGUUCGGGGGGCCAAGCUCGACUGCUCAGGAACCGGUGAACAUGCCGUCUUCGCUGAUCUGCGUAAUUCCGUCUGUAGGUGUGAUCCGCCUAGGGCCUGCGCGUCUCGAUAGCUUGUCCACGAGAUGUCUGUGUUUUCCCCUACCGUCCGCGGGUGAGGAUUCGCCUUCCGUCGCUUUGGCAAGGAACGUGAGAAAGGGCGACUCUACGCCUCCAAAUUUCACCUCACUGGCUUCGCGGCUGCGGACUUCCGGGCAGUCCUGGUCGCCGUCCAAAGCGUGCACACUCUCCGACUUCCAGGCUUGCCUUCAGUCUCCUUCCUCCUCUCUUUUCGCGAAUUCGCAAAGCGCUCCGUUUGCUGCAGAGGGGCAAACCAGCAGCAUCUGCUGGUGUCUUUCAGGGCCUCGGAGCCGGGAGUCGCGUCCGACAGUGUCCCUUCAGUGGCUCCCGCGGGACCAACAUCAAAGGUGCCGGCGAGAUCUGCUUUCGGUAGCCGAGCUGCUUAUGCAUUCACAGCUGGAGUGGAUGCAGGAUCUGAGCAUGCUGGGCGCACUCCUGACGGAAGGCGCCGCGGCGCUCACUCCUAGUCUCGCGGGAGUUGAGAAAAAUGAAGCAGCUGCCGCGCUGGCUGUCGCUGAAACUCUACCAGAGUACGUGGAUGCCUUGUGUGGGCAGCCGGCGGCGGGGCGAGGCGCAGUGCAGGGGACGUACGCUGCGCGCAUCUGGCGCCGAAAGGGAUGUGGGAGGCGGCCGUCAAGAGGGAGCUCUGCCGGACGAGAAAGCGAUGACACAGAAGCACGCGCAGCAACGGCCGCUGAAGAGGCCCUCCACCUCUUGUUCAAAGCGCUUUCUCAAACCCAGACCCCGUUUAGUCAGAAAGGAAGUGCGUCGUUCAGAGACGUGAACAAAACGCUGGCUGUGGCACAGAGUGGAACGGAGAGUCGAGUUAGAAGCAGUGACGAACCAGGACGGGCAGUGGGGUCCCGUAGCGCAUGCCUAGAAGUCGAACACCAGCGCUGGCCUCUCCCAGGAGUCGGAGUGUUUUCGCUCUCGAAGAAGAUACUCAGCCCUGGGUUUUCCUCAGCUCUAUUCUUGGCGUUCGCCCACAUUGUUUCGCGUGUGUCGAAGUUCGGUAGGCCCUGGAGAGUAGCUGGGACGCGCACGGUUCAGCCAGGGCUCCGCGAGGCGUACACCGGGCUACACGGUCUCUCGCAUGCGAGUUCCGUUUCGGAGGGGAGCUACUCUGUCGGAACUCACUCAGAGGACGCACAAGGAUGGAGCGCGAGCAGUGGAGGGUUUGAUUCACAGGAAAUCCCUCCACCGCUGAGACAGGAGGAGAAGAUGUCGCGCUGUGCUGGGAGCGUCAAUCUUUCUUUUCAGAUGACAGAGUGGCUGCCACAGUUUUUUUCCAUUAAGGGCACGCUGGCCUCUUCUGGACUGUGUGCAACGUUGCACUUCAGCACAGUCCAGCAACAGGUGCUGCGUGAGAUUCAGGGCGAUGCGCCGCUCUCGACUCUUCUCUCGUGGCCCUGGAGCUCUCCUCCGGCCUCGCACAUUCCCCUCGCGUGCGACAAGCAACGAGCAGUGUACGGACGGCCCCCUCAUCUGCGCAGGCCGCUCAGUUCAGCGAUAGGCAGCGCGUUUGCAGCAGCAAGCGACCCCGUUCUAGAGGAGGAAUGGUGUGGAGACUUUGCGGACCCGCGGACUCUCUUGGAGAGAAUGACACGACUCGUGAAGCUGUUCCCGCACGGCGCAGAUAAGCGCGGAAAGCACGCCGGCGUCUCACACGUGAACCAGGAGUCGCUUUUCCGAUCUCCCUACACCGGCCACGUUGGGACUUUGCAAAGUGGCGGACUGCGUGACCGAGACCGACUGGCGCAGCUCAAUGAUGCGGGACGCACUGCGACAGCUGCCGCAAUGGAGGAGAGCUUUUCAGGCGCAUCUGAGUCAGGCAUCGGCCCUCAGAAGCACUCGCAGCAGCUCUCGAUGGAGAGCGACGCACAAGAUUUUUCGGCUGCCCCCGCUGCCGAGGUCGAGGCGUCACGCGCUGCAGCACGCGAGGCCUCUGCUUCUGGCCUGUCUUGUUUCUGUCUGACGGCUGUUGUCGUGACCCACGUCUCCGUAGUCCACGCCCCGACGAAGGGCCCUGAACUCGUCCGCCCAGAGGCCUGCGCCUCCCCCGGGGAGAUUGCCGCCCUUCUCGCUUGGUCAAAAGUGGCCACGCCAUUGGCGAGCAGUGAACUCUGGAGCGCAGAAGACUUUCCGCAGAAAGAGAAUCUGCGUGUGUGUACUGGGGGCGAUCUGCCAAACGCGUCUUGUUUCGGUUCCGCCAUACAGAGAACUGGUGCCGAUGACAGGGCAGAAGAAAUUUCGCGCAUUCGUGAAGCCUCAGGCAAAGGGGAUCAGAACCUUUCUGGGGGUCCUGAGGUAGGGGGUCCGCAGGCCUUGUACUCUAGCUUCCUCGUGCCAAGCGUCACUCCUGACCAGGCUAAAGAGAUCCAGAUCGCAAUUGCAGCAGUCCUCGACUGCCUAGAGUGCUGGAGACAAGAACGAGACGCCGAGGCGGCGACGGAGCUCUUCCGGGAGCUGAACAGACAAGUCAUCCAACAGAGUGAACGGAUUGAAAGGAAGCUCCACCGACGCCGCCAUGCCGAGCCAAAGAGAAGCGACUCCCCUGGGGGUUUUCGUGCAGGCCGGGCGGCGCAGAGGGGCUAA